AUGUCUUCCUCAGACGAAGAACCCAUAAAUACUGAGCCAGAGCUCCAAGAUGACCUAUUUGGGGAUGACGACGACGAGCCCGCGGUGGAAAAGCCUCUCGAAUUGAGUGACGAGGAGCUCGACUCUGGAGACGACGAGAAUAGAGAAGAUAGGGCGCAGAAGGACGAAGCUCGAUACAAGGCGUCAGAUGAUCAAGAGCAGCUUCGGAUUGAGGAGAAGACUUUAUGGAGGCAUCCUCUUCCGAAGCCUCUUGAUGGAGAGUUCAAUACCUUACGCCUGCCUAACUUUCUUGGCAUAGAGCCUCGAGCCUAUAUCCCGGAAACCUUCACUAUUCCAACAUCUGACCAUCACUCAGAGACCCGAUCUGCGAAUUUCUCUGCCAAUGCUACAUCAGCUUCCACUAUGCGCUACCGGAAAGAUGGAUCUACGGGAGAGCUGGAAAGCAACACCGUUGUGUAUCGAUGGAGCGAUGGUAGCACUACAGUUGGGGUAGGAGACCAACACUACGAGUUAUCAACCAAGCCGAUGGCUCCACCAAGAGACAACAAAAUCUAUCAAGAAGUGAUGGAUUCACAUUCAUAUGUAGCAUCGCCUUCUGUGUCAGCCCAAGUGCUGGUAUUAUUUGGCCACAUGACCAAUCAAUAUACGGUCAAGCCUAACAAAGAUAUCGAAGAUGAUGCUUUGGAGAAGCUACAGAGAAGUUUGGCAGCAGCUGCCCGGGGCAACCACAAUCGAGACGAGAAAAAUGGGCCCGAAGUGAUCACCAAUACACAAGAUCCCGAGCUACAGAAAAAGCAGGCUGAGAUGGCCGAGAAGGAACGGAUGAGAGCCCAACGCCGGCGUGAAACUGCCGCGGAAAAAGCAUCGAUUUCGGGUCGUGGUCGUGCUGGUGGUUUGACGGUGGAUGACCUAGAAGGUCGCAGUGGCAGAAGAGCCCCCGCUGGUCGUAAAUCAGCGGGUGUCAAGAGACCGAGACACCGCCCAGAUUACGAUUCAGACGACGAUCUUCCGCGUGGUCGGGGCAGAGAGGACGAAUAUGACAAGGAAGACGAUUUCUUGGCUGACAGCGACGAGGAACUUGAGGAUGGACCCGAGGGCGACGACGACGAGGAAGAAGAAAUACUUGAUGACAGUGAUGAACCCAAGGCGAAGAAGCAAAAGCCAUCAAGGCACGAGGACAUAAGUGAUGCAGACGCCGAUGCGGAGGCUGAUCUGGAUGAUGAUGAAGCCCCUGCGGCUCCAGUAGCGAUUGAGGGCCCGGCAGGCAGAGGCAGAAAACGGAAUGUUAUCGAGGACGAUGAGGAUGAAGAUGAAUAG